GGUAGUGGUCCGGACCGGAGCGGGACCAGACCCGGACCGGCGCGGGAACGGGGCGGAGUGAGCUCGCGUUGGGCCUGGGUGUGAACGGCGGAUGGACUGGCGGUUCGGUGGUGUCCCGGCGAGGAUCAGGACCACGUGAAGACCAGGGGCGGACCACAUCAGGAAGCAGACCGAGCUUCAGUUGCGGUCGUAGACAGCGGCGGCGAAGACAGUGUGUGCGUCAGAGACCCGGGAAAGGGUCCAGCACAGCUGCCCUCUUGUCAGACACGGCCAUCAGUGCGCCAGAUCACGACCACUGACAGCUCGUGUGCGUCGGGCGCUCCCCGAGCCCUGCAGUGGCCUGUGUGCGGGUGCGAAGCGCGGCGGCUCGGUCGUGGAAGUGUGCUCAGCUCGACCGCGGAGACGCCUCGGGCGGUGACGGGGUCGAGCAGCGACGCGACGAGAGGAGCUUCACCUGCAUCAAGGGCUGUCCGCGUCGGCCGGAUCCGGAUAUGACGUCAUGACCGGAUCUACGGACCUGCGGACUGGGCCGGACCAAGUGACCGGCGACGAAGGCCCGGCAACGAAGAUCAACUGGGCUGAUCGGGAAAAGUACGGAUUUCUGCUUCACCUGCUGGAAGGUCCGGAAGUUCUGCUGCCGGACCGGCUGCAGCGGCGGAUUUCCGUCGAGAAAACAAAACUAGCCGCGUAUCAACUGGAACAGAAGAUUGUUCGCGAGAACAUCAAACAAAUGGACGACAGCGAUUCCCUGCACAGACCGGAACUGCUGGAGUCACUGUACUCCCAGGUCUCCCACUUGGACUCGGUGCUGACGUCACUGGAGGGACAGAUCCAGGUGCUGGAGGCCGUGCAGAAGUCGCUGCCACACGAUCUGAACGGUGAGCCAGCUGACGCGGGCGUGACCAACCGAUGA